UCUGCGUGAGAUACAGAAGCUUCAACCUUUUCUCGUUGCUUUUAGACUAAUAUAGAAAAGCCCUUUUUAAACACUCACGCACAAGUCAUUCUUAGUGAAGCGUGAUAUUAGAAUUUCGUGUUUAAAAUCGACUUUUUUUGCAAAGGCAUCACCGAUCUAGACCUUUAUAAAAAUUACUUAGUGCAUUUUUCUUUGGGGUUAAGGGGUCACGGGAAACAAGUCCGAUACGGUAAAUAAUCUUUCACUAAGUCAGAUUUGUGGGUGUUUUUCCUCUUUUGCAGGGAAGGCAGUUACUCGUGGGAGGGAAGCCUUAACUCACAGCUCAGCAAAGGCAAGAAGGCGGAGAAACUCGACAAGAGCGCGCGCCAGAGCGCGUGUGUGUGAGUGUGUACGGGAGGUAGCGCGAGCCACAGCAGGAGGGAGGGGUCUGUCUAUCCUGUUCGUGCGCCUACGUUUCGUGUCCUGUACUUUACAGUAUAAUAAAUCAGCUGUUUUGUUAAAGGGCGGGUUUGUUUAAAAAAAAAAAGUUUUUUAUCCAGCCGAGGCGGUUGGGAAGUGUGAAACAUGUCCUGUGUCAUGAAACUUCAGUGCAGUCUGACUGGUUAGGUAAUGAUGAGUGUAGCUAAAGCACAGUAAAGUGGACAGCUGUAUUAACUAGUGAGCAUACUAGCUUGUUUAAUCAACUCUUCAGCACUGCACAUAAUAUUGUGAAGUGCAUGCAGACUGCAGGGCCCUAUGGAAGAUGAUUGAGAUGUCUGUAGAAGCAGAGACUGUUCUAACAGGAGAUGGAGUGGGAGCCAUUCUAAACCAGAGUUCAGUGGAGCGCAUCGAUUUGCCCAGCCCCCCCUCCACAGUGGCGGUCAGCAGGGGGGGCCCUUUCAUGGUAGACGAGGUGCUGGCGGAGCUCCCCGCGGAGGCAGCUGGGCAAAUGGGGAGAGACGGAGCAGGGGUGGAUAGUGUGGGGGUGCGUGGGAAGGUCCUGCGUCUGAAGAAUGGCGUGCAGGCCCCGACCACACCAGCGCAGCAGCCUGUGAGAGCGAGUAAACGGCGCUACAGCACCAACGCUGCAGCGGUGGGCUUCAAACACUGCGGCCAAGGCAAGCGUCGGCGCCGUGCCGCCUCGGAGUCCGAGCCCGUCCUGCCCACGGACUUCCUGCUGGGCGGGAACAUCUUCGACCCGCUCAACCUCAACAGUCUAAUGGAUGAGGAGGUGAACCGGGCGCUGAACGCGGAGACGCCCAAGUCCUCGCCGCUGCCUGCCAAGAGCAGAGAGCCCGUGGAGAUCCUCGUCCCUAGAGACAUCACGGACCCUCUGAACCUGAGUGGGAGGGGUGGCCACGCCCACAAGGGCGUGCUGGCCACACCCAUGAAGAGCGGCAACAGGCGACGUCAUAGAAACCGGCACCAUGGGGGGCCCAACGCUGGGGUCUCCGCCCAGCAUGACCCUGCUGACCCUGACAGGUCAAAGGGCGUAAGGGAAGAAGACAUGAAGCUACUGUUUCCUGUGUUGCAUGCAGUAGAGGAGAAUGUGUGUGCAGUACCAGAGGUGUCCAGCGAUGGCGCCGUGCUGCUGGGUCUGGACACAGUGGAGGAGUCGCCACGCCCCUAUGAGCUCAACACAUCCAUCAACUGCAGGGAUGAGGUGGUCCCGCCCAUCCUACCACCGCCACGAUCAAACCCCUCAGCUAACUCCACCCAGAGUCACACACACACAGGAAGUAGCCACUCCGCAAACUCUUCACAGUCAUCCAAACACCGAAAGCGGCGACGUACCGUUAGCCGUUCUGAUCGCCUGUCAAUCACGCCAACUCCCAGCAACAAGCAGACCAGCUUAGACCGGAGGCGGAGUCAGACAUUCCACACACCAGUUGUGGGUGGAGCCACAGGAAGUUAUUGGACAGAAACUCAUCAGACUCACCAACAUUAUCACAAACCGCAUCGCAAGUUCCAGUAUGGAACCUACAGCUAUUACUAUGGUUACCAGACACCAGGACUCGACAGAGACCCGCGUCUGGCGUUUUUUAAGUCUGAAUGGUUCAGAGGAAAAAAAGUUCUAGACAUUGGUUGCAACACAGGUCACAUGACCCUUGCCAUUGCCAAGAACUGGAGCCCCGCCCACAUUCUGGGCCUGGACAUUGACGGCAGGCUGGUGCACGCAGCACGACAGAAUCUACGCCACUUCCUGUCUGAGCUGAAGAGACAGGAAGUGCACCGAGACCUGCAGAGACGGAACGCUGAAGACGAGGAGGCGCACGGACGGAAAGAUGUGGAAGAGAAAAUGGAGACACACGGAGAGACACGAGACAAAGAGGAGAACAUGGAGACACACGCAAAUAUGGGCACGAAUCCAGAGGUGGCCGCUGUGGAGAGAGCAGAGCUGCAGGUGGAGCUGCUCCAACCCUUCCCCAUCUCCUUCAGACUGUACAGGGGACCCAUCUCUGCUCCCCCACUACUGCCCCCUACUGCGGGGGUCUUCCCCAACAAUGUGGCUUUCAUGAAGGGGAACUACGUGCCAGAGAGCAACGCAUAUGUGAUGUCACAGCGUGCAGAGUAUGACGUCAUCUUGUGUCUGAGCGUGACGAAGUGGGUGCAUCUGAACUGGGGUGACGCAGGGCUGCAGCGACUCUUUAGACGAGCCUACAGACACCUGACUGCUGGAGGGGUGAUGAUACUACAGGCUCAGCCCUGGAGCUCCUACAGCCGCAGGAAGAGACUCACGGAAACAACCUACAGAAACUACAACAGCAUCCGACUGAAACCGGAGCAGUUCAGCUCCUACCUCACCAAUGAGGUGGGCUUCACCAGCUACCAGCUCAUCAGCACUGAAGGCCUCCAGAAGCCAAUUUAUAUUUUCCACAAAGGCCCCGCCUCCAGCAGGAAGUGAGUCACCAAUAGAGGAAGUGAUGCAGAGGAAGAGGAAGUGAGACGUGGUGGGCUCUUCAGCGUGUUGUCCUGAUGAAGCCCCACCCACAUUCAUCUUACACACACACACACACACACACACACACGUAAAUUAAGGUGUGUGGGUGUGUGUUAAUCUGUUGAUUAAUCUUUUGCUAAAGAUACUAAACCCUUCUGUCUUUGUUGAUAUUGGUUCAGGUAUCUUUUAUACUGAUCAUUGUGAUCAUUAUAUGUGACUCAGAUUGUUGGAGUAAAACAUUUUCUGUUUGUUCAUGUAAACAGUUUCAUAGUUUUGGUGUAUUCGGUAUGUCUGUGUGAGACAGACGUAA